AGGUAUACCAAUCAACACAUACUCUUUAAUUUCCCUUUUGCUCCAUUCCAUUAUAAACUCCUUUAUCAUCAUUCCCCUCACGCUUUCAGCUCUACAUUAAUUCCUCUCAACUUCAAAUCAUCACCAAAUUAUGAAUACGCUAGCAAUCGGCAGCCGCAUCAAGGAUUGUUCUAAAGGAUUCUGCAGCUUCUUCUGCCCGCAGUGGUGCUACAUAGUCUUCCCUCCUCCUCCGCCGUCGGAAUAUCUCCCCGACGACGGUAGCUCCGGCCCCAACUUCUCUCCCUUCAUCAUCACGAUCAUCUGCUUCUUGGCCGCCGCCUUGCUCCUCCUCAGCUACUACGCCAUCCUCUCCAAUUACUGCCGCGGCAGAAGAAUUCCGUGGCGCGGCCAAACUACCGGCGCCGUGGACGUUGAGAGAGGAGAGGGCGGCGGCCAGGAGGGGACGUGGUUCGUGGCGACGAACCGCGGGCUGGACGAGGCGCUGGUGAGGUCGAUGGCGACGUUCAAGUACCGUAGAAGGGAAAGGUUGGUGGAAGGCACGGAGUGCUCCGUGUGUUUAAGUGAGUUUGUGGAAGAUGAGAGGCUUAAGCUUCUCCCCAAAUGCAGUCACGCAUUUCACGUGACAUGCAUUGACACGUGGCUUAAAUGUCACUCUAAUUGCCCGCUUUGCCGGGCCAGUGUGGCUGCCCCGGCCACAUCACCGCCUCCUCCUUCUCUGCCUCCGCUAUCGCCACAAGGCGCGGGGGGAAAUGUGGAGAUAAGCAUCGGAGAUCAACGAGAGGGCGCGAAAACGGAUGGACGGAUUAGAAGAUCGGUGUCCAUGCAUUCGGUUAUGGAACGGCGUUUGUUGAUAGAUGAUCCGAGUAGUGCAACUACAAGUAGGGGUAGUGAGAUGAAGAGAUCACAUUCAAGUGGAAGGUGGUUCGUCUCUAAAUAGGCUAAAUUAACCCAAAACUUUAGUUUUUUAAGGAAUGUUUUUAGUGGUGAGAUUUGUAUGUUGAGAUAGUUGUGAAAAGAUCACAAACAAAGUAAGGUCAAAUUUUUCGGAUAAUUUGUGGGGUAUUUCAGAGUCCAAUAAAUAUACUGCAGUCAUAAUAUGGCUAGCCAUAAAAUGACAUUCUAGUAAAU